AUGAACGACGUCUCCAACAAGGAGAACGUCCUCCGCACACCAACCACCCUCAACAAGAGAAAGUCGUACUCCAUUCUCUCGCCUGUAACCAGCAGCUACAAUCUUAACAAACCCGUCUUGAGAGCCAAACAGGACAAAAUCAAAAAUGAGAGAGUCAUAAGUGAAUCGACAGGCCUUGUCAAGUUCGCCUUGUCGACAAGCAAACCUCCGUCGUCUCUAUCUUCUCCCUUCUCCUCUACGCCGUCGCAGAACACCUCCACAUCUGUCACUCCUGUCAGAUCUGGCUUGCCCGUUUAUAUCCCCAUUGACAAUAAAGUUGUCCAUAAAGUCCAAAAAGAAGAAACAGACUACAGAUUCAUCCAAGAUGAGCUCUUACAACAGUACGCCCAAAUACAAAGAGAAAUGAUGGAAUACGAAAAGAAAAUCGAACUAUGCAAAUUUGAACUCUUGGAAAUCUCCACGAAAUUAGAAUCUUGCAAGAGGGAUGAGAUGGUGGCAGAAAUCAGGAAACAGAGAACUCCUUCCAACGACCUCGACCUCUACAAGAAGGUCCAUCAGCAAACAGAAUCACAAAUAAAUUCCAUAGAAAAAGAAUUCUCGGUGUCUCAUCCGGAAGAAACUGUCUUUAUAGACUCUUUAAAGAAAAGAGCCUCUACUGUAUUCUCCAUUAACAAUUCAAAUGUCAACAAUGUUCAAACUUCAGAAAUUGAAUUGAAGUUAAAUACCUUGAAGAACAAAGCAUCUACUAUGUUCAAUGCAUCUAACAUUACAAACACAUUUGAAGAAUUGAGUCAAAAUGUGAACAAGAAGGCAUCCACCAUUUUCCAGGUUCCAUCAAAAGAAAGUGAUAUUCAAGGCUUGCUAAACUCAUCAAACGAGAAGUUCGAUGAGAUAUCCCAUAAGACUUCAAAGUUCUUCAACGAUGUUGUCAAUAACUUAUCGCCAAAGAAAACUGAAUCUACAAACAAGAAUACCCUCUUCAACACCAAGAUAAAUUACACACUCAAUAACCUUUCGAAGAAUUUCAAUCUCAACUUCAACAAGAAACAGGAUGAAGAUCAGGAGAAGGAGUUAAUUUUCAACAGCUCUUUCAACUUUGAUAACUUGAACCUCAACGAAACUCCUAUCACAGAAGUCUUCCUGCCAAACGAUGAUAACAUAGACAGUUUGAGGAUUAUAUAUGAAGACGAUGAUGAUCAGGAUAUUGUUGAUAUUGACGAUUGCAAUA